UUUAGAUUAAAUUUAAAUUAGUGAUUAGAUUUUAUAAUGGCACGUCUUCCUGAUGUGCUAUAGCAAUCCAUGGUUAUUAAGGAAUAUUUGUUGUAGUGAAAGGUGCUGGUGGCAGUGGUAGCGGUGCUAUCACUGGUUGCUGCUGUCAUUGGCAGCUGCUGGUAUUGUAUGCAACUGCUACAACUGUCUUUGUUUAUUAGGAUGACUGAAUAGGAGUUUGCAAGCCCUCAGUCUUGGGUCUAGUUCUGGAUUGCUGCUAGUUUAGCUGCUGCAAUUGGAUGAUCAUUGUUCUUUCCAUUGUGGAGGACCUGGACAAGCAGUAUGCGGAUGUCUUGUUGCCAUUGAAGGAAAAUUUGACACCCAAGAAAUUUGGUCUCAAAUAUGUACAGAAGCUCACAAAACGAUCUGUGUGCCCUUAUGUGGUCCCAGAUGAGCUUGGAAUUCUUUUGAAUUCCAUGAAGAGGAUGCUUGACAUAUUGCGGUCCAAGAUAGAACAUCAGUUGAAGUCAUGGGGUUCUUGCAUCCCUGAUCGGGGAAGCACAACCCCUGGAGAGCGCCUCAGUGAAGUAACUGUGAUGCUUAGAACAAAGUUCAGGAAUUACCUGCAAGCAGUUGUGGAGAAGCUAGCAGAAAAUGUGAGUAUCAUUCUCGAAAUUAAACGCAUAUCCUUAAAGCUGUGGUUGGAUCAUGAAUUGGAUAGGGAUUUGUCAAGGUUACAGAAUGCUACAAAACUUCAUCAUUGUCCAUUAAUUGUAAAAGGACGAAAGACCCCUCCUCCACCUCGCCCGCGUGUAAUCGAUUUUGCAAAAACCCAUUCCCAUUCCAACUAUUCAAUUCACAAAAUUUUCAGAACAAAAACUGAAUCCACGAAACCAGAUUCACAUCGCCUCACCAACGUCGUCGUCGUCCACCGUCCACCGUCGACCCCAGAUUCCUCUUCAUCUCAUCGCUGCGAAGGUUUACAUCGGAAGGAGGGUGCUUCUUCGUCGUUGGAUUGA